CGCCAAACGUACACAGUGGUAGUGUGUGUGUAUGAGCAGAGUGGCACAACCGUGUGUGUAUCGCUGUGCAUAUUUCUCAGACCAUUUGACAAGUGUAUAGGAACCGAGACGCACCCCUAUACCGUUGUCAGGCUCUUGUUUCCCCGAACUUCUGGGGCCUCUUUAUGCGUUGACGUCGCGAGGAUUUUUCUCCAUCGCAUCGCAGUGAAGGAGUGCUUUGUGAGCUUGUUUUCUGGUCUAAAUCAGGAAUAAUGCAGUUUUGGCCUUGAUUUCUGCUCUAUCUGUGAGGUAAAUCUUGGACUGUGGUUUUCGUCACAAGGGGCUGCUGUUUCACAAACAUUUGAGCAUUUUCAGCGCUUUGGAUAAGGGAUAUUAACAGUGUUUGAAGCCAAGUCACGAAUAGCCGAUUGCAAUCGGAUUUUGCACGAAACAUCAUAACUUUUUUGAAUUUGGAAGUAUCAUACAGCAUAAGUAGUCGGGGGAUAACUAAGAAAAUUCAUAUUUCUAACCGGGAAUCACCUUUGGAAUAGCCAUGGAAAAUAUACGGACAAUACUGAAGCUUGUGACUGGACUGUCUGUGCUCCUGAUGUGGAGCUUGGACCUAGCCUCGUGUUUUAACGUGGAUCAAAGCUUACCUGUGGUCUACACGAGACCGGGUGGAUCAUACUUUGGGUUCUCUGUCUUGCUUCAUGAAAACCUGCAAGGAAAAUGGGUCCUGGUAGGUGCGCCCAAGUCCAAUUCUCAAUACCAGCCUUCCAUACAGAGACCAGGGGCUAUCUUCAAGUGCAACAUUCCAAUGAUACAAGGUCAAAGGCCAAUAUGUGUCGAGGUCAAACUAGAUGACAGAGGAAAUGAGCGAAGUGCCCCAAACGCCCGCCCUUAUUUCAAAGAUGCUAAAGAUAACCAAUGGUUAGGGGUAUCCCUCACCAGACAGAAGAACAUUGGAAGGACGGGGAAAGUCACGGCAUGCGCACAUAAAUGGUCAAAUGAGUUCUUCAAGAACACGGUCGAGGUGAUCCUCGUGAACGGGGCAUGUUACGAGAUCGACAGCGAGUUGGACUUCACGUCGGUAAACAAGACCAGGCCCUGUAUGCACGAGGUACAGAUAAAAGCCGAUAGCCAGGGCAAAGGGAUUGCGUGGCACGGCUGGUGCCAGGCUGGCUUCAGUGCGACCUACUCCAUGGACGGCAGCACUCUCAUCUUAGGGGCGGUCGGCUCAUUGGCAUGGAGGGGAAGUGUUGUUUCAAUCUCAUCUAGCGGAACCACCGUGGCUGAUGUUACACACUGGUAUCCUCCAGGGGACAAGGAUGAAAGCUAUGUUGGUUAUGCAGUUAGCUCCGGCCAUUUUGUAUCACCCACAUCGAUGGAGGGGGUGACAGGGGCACCAAGGGCAUAUGAGAAGGGGCACGUUUACAUCUAUAAUCUACAAAAUUUUCAACUCAUCUCCAGCAUCAAAGGGGAAUCUAUGAACACCUACUUUGGAGCUGCCGUUUUAGGUAUGGAUAUCAAUCAUGAUGGGUUGACAGACUUGCUGGUUGGGGCACCACAGUACUCACAGAACCAAGACGAAGGCAGAGUCUACAUCUUUAUCAACGAUGGAAAUGCUAUUAUGAGAAAAGUGGAUGUCAAACUAAUGGGCAGUAAUUCUGUUGGGGCUCGCUUUGGAACUGUAAUCGAGUCAGUGGGAGACCUGAAUGGAGAUGGGUACGAAGACGUGGCCAUCGGAGCACCGUACGAAGACUACAGCAGGGGGGCCGUCUACAUCUAUCUCGGUGGAGAGCAUCAUCUCAGGAAACCAUAUAGUCAGAGGUUGCUUGGAUCAACCAACAUGGUUUCAUUUGGUUACUCUAUCUCUGGAGGAAUGGACAUGGACAACAACGGCUAUCCAGACAUUGUCGUCGGCGCUUACGAGAAUGAUACUGCUGCCCUCUUUUUGAGUCGACCUGUCAUCGAGAUGGAAGCUUUCCUUACGCUGACACCAACCCUGAUCAACACCAACCUUGCAGAAUGUAUGCUCAAUGGAAGACCCGCCACCUGUCUUCACCUCACAGCCUGCGUCAAAUAUACCGGAGCCUCUGUACCAUACACAAUAGGUAUGGACCAUGUGUUGGAGGUGGACUACUACAAGAUUGCUACUGGACUUCCAUCAAGAGUCACCUUUGCUAAAGACGGGGUCAUCCUGGGGCCAAGGGUUGUGCGCAAUAUUCAGCUGAUCAAAGGUCAACAGACUUGCCAUGACAUUGAUGCCUAUUUCAAGAGAGACAUGAAGGACUUCCUGAGCCCUGUUCCAUUCCGCCUCUCCCACCAGCUGCGGACUGAAGGGGGUGCUCGUUAUGUAACGUUAUGUAACAGGUUGUGCCCCACCAUCAGCCCCUACUCAGAUAACACUGUGGUACAAGAGGCAAUUUUUACGCACAAUUGUGGCAAUGACUCUACUUGUGUGACAGACCUAAAACUAGAAGCAGAUAUCAUCAUCCCAAGAGGCACCAAGUACCUCCCGCUUGGAUCAGCAGAUAAUAUCUAUGUGAUGGUGGAUCUCAUCAACGAAGGGGAGGAAGCUCAUCAAGCACAGGUCCUCAUCGAACACCCCAUCGGGAUCACCUUCGUCAGGGUGGAGAGUAACAGGCAACAAGAAGCAAUUGUUCUAUGCUUACCGCUGACACCCAAUAACGACACUGCAUCGGUUCUCUGUGAUGUGGAUAACCCAAUGAAAGCCAACUCAAGAAGCAGCUUUAGGGUGAAAUUGUCGGUCCCCACAGCUCAUGCCAACAGCCGAAGCAUCGAUAUUGUGGUCCAGGCCUCGACGUCGAGCACAGAAUAUAAUCACACUCUCUAUAACAACAUAAAAAGGAUCCGGGUACCUAUCAGGAUAGAAGCAGACAUCACAAUAUCAGGGGUAACGAGACCAAACAGUGUGCUGUACGGGCAGCCAGCAUCCAACAGCACAAACAGCCAGGAUCCUUCCGUCAACGAGUCUCAAAUGGAUGAGACCCUUCCCCUCAUACCAUCGGAGAUCAAUAAAGUCAAUCUUGACAAGCACAUUGGACCGGCAUUCAAACACAUCUAUGAUGCUCGGAAUCUAGGACCCAGCAACCUUCCCUUCAUGGCCUCCGUCAAUAUCACAAUUCCUUGGAAGACAAAAAAUGGAGACAUGCUCAUCUAUUUCUCAAAUAUUGCAUUAAAAGGGACCGGUGUUUGCGAGACCCAAUCAUUAAUGGAAGAACAGAGUAGACUACUCCAGAAAAUGCUUGUAAAGAGGAACAAGACAAGUUCACAUGCAGAACAAAAUCAACCGCAAGCAUCAACACUUUUCGGAUCAAAUAAAAACAGACAACUGAAUUGUAUGAAUAGCGAGUGUGCAUUGAUUCCAUGCCUUGUAGAUAAUUUAGAAUCAGGAGGCGGAGCAGUUGUUGAAAUUAAUAUGAGAAUAUUUGAAGACACAUUUUUAAAGGGAGAUUUUGGUAAAAUAGAGCUUCUUGCAGAGGGUGUUAUAGGAGUAGAAGAUCCUCUCAGAAGACAUAUACAACCGCAGUCUGGCAGGCCUGACAGGGUAGAAGUGAGUCACCAUAAUGAGAAUGAUGAUAAUCAUGAU